CUGGCGCUCGACCUCAGGCGGCCGCAGGGCGCGGCGGUGCUGCGGCGCCUGUGCCGGGCCUGCGACGUGCUCAUCGAGCCCUUCCGCCACGGUGUCAUGGAAAAGCUUGGUCUUGGUCCAGAAAUCCUCCUGGGUGAGAAUCCAGAACUCAUUUAUGCUAGACUUACUGGAUUUGGUCAGACAGGAACAUAUGCCAAGUCUGCAGGUCAUGACAUUAAUUAUUUGGCUUUGUCAGGUGUAUUGUCAAGACUUGGUAGAAAAGAUGAAAAUCCAUAUGCCCCACUAAAUCUUCUGGCUGAUUUUGCUGGUGGAGGGGUCUUGUGUGCAAUGGGAAUUAUUAUGGCCCUUUAUGAACGUACCAGAUCUAACAAAGGGCAAGUCAUUGAUGCAAGUAUGGUUGAAGGAACUGCAUAUCUAAGUUCUUUCCUGUGGAAGUCAGGAAUCUUGGGUAUUUGGAACAGACCGCGGGGGGAGAACCUGCUGGACAGUGGGGCACCUUUUUAUGAAACCUACAAGACCUCCGAUGGAAAAUUCAUGGCAGUUGGUUCUAUUGAACCUCAAUUCUAUGACCAACUAAUAAAAGGACUGGGGCUAGAUUCCUCUAAACUUCCCAGUCAGUUCAGUGUCUCUGAUUGGCCUGAAAUGAAGAAGGUGUUCGCAGAUGUAUUUUCCCAGAAGACCCAAGCGGAAUGGUGCAGAAUCUUUGAUGGCACAGAUGCUUGUGUGACUCCUGUUUUAUCCAUCGAAGAUGCAGCCUCACACCUGCACAAUAAAGAACGUGGUUCUUUCAUAAAGAAUGAUCAGGACGAAAUCAGUCCUAGACCUUCUCCUCUUCUUUCAAGGACCCCGGCAACACCCUCUCUGGGAAGGGACCCUUGUAUAGGAGAACACACAGAAGAGAUACUUCUAGAGCAUGGCUUCACAAAGGAAGAGAUUGCUAAACUUCAUUCUGAUAAAGUAAUUGAAAUCAGUUAUCCAGAAGCUAAAUUAUAAUCUCCAAAUAUACAAAUCAGAAGUGUUUUUGAAUAUUUUAAUGUGGCAUAAUUUAAGGUAUCAAAAUGAAUGCAGUAAUUUAAUACUAAUUAUGCAAACAGUAUUCCAAACUGGAUUACCACACAAUAUUACCAUUGAUACUUUGUGCCAGGAGUUUUUGUUCUGAAAGUUCUCUAAUGUUUGCUCAGGAUGAAGAUGUAAAGCUUCAUAAUGGUUUUCAAGAAGCAUAGUUUAUGAAAUGUUGAUUUGUUUAAAUCCUUUCGUAUGUAACUUGCUGAAGGUAAUCAUUUAUAUAAAACACUUGACACUUUAUAAAUGGUGUCACUUUCAUAAACUGAGAAAGUCUUAGUUGUAGGAGCUCCAGUCUUAGGAAUGAUCAGACCUGUUGUCUACCCAAGUGAAACGUUCCCAUUCUGUCUAGUUCACAGAUAUGGCAGAUUUUUGUAUCUCAUUCAGAAGCUGUUUGUUCUUUGGGGUGGUUAUUCUGCAUUACAGAGCUAAUUCUUCAUUGAGGAACUAACUCCAUGUUCCUUUUCCUGCUCCUUUCCAAUUAAGGCAUGCAGAACUGUCAUAAACAUUGCACACUGUGAACAAACAGAUUUAUUUAUGUCACUAAUGCCUGUGAUCACUACACCUGAUACGUUUCCAGCUUUGUUCAGACGAGCACUACUUGCAUUCUGAGGAAUUUCGUAGUGCUACAAAAAUGUAGUGUGAUGUGAAUUCAGAUACUCACAGUGCCCAGUCACUUACAGCACUAGAAAGAAAAAGCAGGAACGUGCACAACUGGUUCUUAGCAGCUAGAAGGCUGGUGUGCAGACAUCCCAGCAUGCCUUGUAGGGACCCAGUCUGAAGAAUCCUGAGGACAGCUAAGCACAGCACAGCCCACAUUGCAGUGGAAGUGUAAAGCCAUGGUAUGCCUUGUCAUUCCCCACUCACAAAGACUUGCCAGUUAUGCUCCAAGCCUGGAAUGAAUCCUUAUUGCUUGCUUGUCUGCAUCUCUGCAGGUCAGGGAGGUCGACUGUCCCUGUUGUAUUUGUCAGAGCCUACCGGUGCCAGCUCAGCCUGUUCUUACACAUCCUGGGUGUUUUGGCAUGCAGCAUUGUGGAUGUACACGCUUACAGGACCAGUGCCUUGGAAAUGUGUCCAUGAGACUGCCCCAUCUAGGUGUUGACAGACAAGAGCAAGUUGUCACAUGGGACACUAGAGAGGCUGGGCUGCUACAAGAGUACUUCCAGACUCUGUACUGGUGCUUUGGGCAACAGAGCACAGUACAAACUGGUGGGAGCACAUUGCCCCAGGAGUCUGGAA